UUCAAUCACUUUGGUGAAUUCAUGGAGUGAAAAGAUCGAGAAGGAAGGAGGAGUUGCUGAGAUCGAGGUUGACAGCCACUUGAGGAGCUUUUCUGGGGAUGUGAUCGCAAAGGCAUGCUUCGGAAGCAAUUUUGCCAAGGGACAAGAGGUUUUUCAGAAGCUUAGAGAUCUCGAAGAAGAGAUCUCCAAGACAGCCUUCUUCUUUGCAAUCCCUGGGUUUAGAUACUUGCCAACCAAGAGCAAUAGGGAAAUAUGGAAGCUGGAGAGGGAGAUUCGGUCCAUAAUCCUAAAGGUGGCGAAGGAACGAAAGGAGACAGCCCCAGAGAACGACCUGCUUCAGAUGAUACUGGAAGGUGCUGAGAAAAAGCGGCAAGCUGGGGCGUGGCGACCUGAUGGACCGUUUCAUCGUGGACAACUGCAAGAUCUUCUACUUGGCCGGCUACCAGACGACUGCCGUCGCAGCCUCGUGGACGCUGAUGCUAUUGGCCUCGAACCCGGAAUGGCAAGCCAAAGUACGCGACGAGGUUGUGCAAGUGUUGCGUGGCGGCCAAUUUCCUGAUGCUGAUGCCCUUCGGAAGAUGAAAACGUUGACGAUGGUGAUUUAUGAGACACUGCGUCUUUACCCACCUGUGGCCCUUUUUGCAAGAGAGACGCUCGAAGACAUGAAGUUUAGGAACAUCCAAGUCCCAAAAGGUGUCAACAUUUGGAUCCUCACCGUGACCCUCCACCAAGACCCUGAGAUCUGGGGGCCCGACGCUGGCCGCUUCAACCCAGAGCGGUUCGCCAAUGGUGUCCCCAAAGCGUGUAAGCUCCCGCGCACGUACUUGCCCUUUGGGGCCGGGCCUCGCUCGUGUCUAGGGCAGAACUUCGCGAUGAUGCAGCUGAAAGUCCUCCUUGCACUCAUAAUUUCCAACUUCUCCUUAGAAAUCUCACCCAAGUACAGACACUCUCCGGCUCUGACUUUGGUCAUAGAGCCUGAAUUUGGAGUGGAUCUUAUUGUACGGAGACUCUCACCUUCAAAGACAAUGCUCUAGAUGUAUUAUUAGUGUUCUACUUGUCUUUUCUUGAGCUUUGGUAAC